GUACAAUACGAUGUGUUUACAAUUGUGAAUGUAAGCUUGCAUGUGUGUUAUUCCAUUAUAAGGAAUAAAUUAUAAUUAAUUCCACAAAUAAUAAGUUAUAUACCGUUAAUUGUUUGCAGUUACGACAAGCAUUAGAAGUGUUUUUCAAAUUGAUUUUCGUGCUAAUAGAUAUAUAGUUACAAUUAAUCAAACUUUCAAGUUAAAGAUAUUGUAAUUAAUAUUUAUUUUUAAGAGCGACCUGUAUGUAUAAGUGUGUCAGUAAAAGUUACCACUCCACUCAGUUAUUACAAUUGUAAAGAAUAUAUUGUAUAUAUAUGUAUAGCGAUACACAAUAUAUAUGCACAAAGAAGACAGAAAGAAAACAAUUAUGAAUAAAGAUUAUUUUGAAUUUGAUGAUAAAGACAAUUUUCUCUUUGCCAGCCUUUAACCUAAGUUUAACUGGGAAAAAAAUAGUUAAUUUCAGUUUAUUAGCUAAAGAGAAUAAGACUUAUUGUGGCAGAUCGUGCAAUUGUCAAAUUUUGAAACGUGAUUAGUUGAAAGUAAUAAUUAAUAAAAAUGUAAUCGAUAUCGCUCAUUUCUCGCAUAACGCUGGAAUGCGAACUAGUGCUAUAAUAUGUCAACAUCAGAGGUAAACAAUCCUCAAUCCUUUAAAAACAAAAAUCUAUUUAUAUUUUACAUAAAAACACGGACAGCUCUUAAAUUGCGUUAAAAUAUUAAACUGUAUACCGUGAUCUACAAAGUUAUGACACAAACCCAGUUAUUUAUUAAUACGAAUUAGAGUAAUUAUAUAUAAUAACUAACAGUAAAUACAAAUUCAAAACAAAUUUCAUCACAUACCUACACAGCAUGCACAUACAAAACACAAUAUAAACAUACGUACCGCACACGCAGCAGAGGUUAAUACAGGUUAUAGCCGUGAUAGGUUAGUAAAAGGAAGAUGGCAGCUCCCAAGAACAAAUUGGAGGAUUGCGAGGUAUGCGACGCGGCUAAGGCGCGGUACACUUGCCCGAAAUGCGAGGUUAGAACGUGCUGCCUCACGUGCGUGAACGUUCACAAGAAGGAGCUGAGCUGCGACGGGAUCCGGGAUCAGACCAAGUUUAUCCCCCUAACCUCGUUCACCGAUCUGGAUUUAUUGAGCGACUAUCGCUUUCUCGAGCAAGUCGGUAGGUCAGUUGAAACAAAGAAGCGAAAUCCAGAGAUGAAGUACACUCGUCAAGCUAAUUUGCCAGUGCAUCUGCAUAAAUUGAGAUGCACCGCGUUCUCUAGAAAAGUAUCGCUGUUAUUUAUGCCGCAAAUCUUCGGUCGGCACAAGGAGAACACCACGUACCUCAAUUGGAAGACCAGCGAGCUGUUCUGGCGUCUAGAAUGGAUCUUUCCGCAAGCUGAAAACACAAAGUGCAUAAUGGAAAGAGCCCUGGACAGCACGAGAUUGUCAACAUUGGUUGAACAGAUUUUAGAUCCUGUCUCUUCGGUAGAGGAGUCCGAUAUCGAAAAGUUGAAUGCAACGCUGCUUUUAGCUGAAAAAUUACAAUUUUAUAGAGCGGCUGGGUUGAACGGUAUCAAAGUUCUUUUGAAAGCCGAGAAAAUAAAGAAGGCAGGGUCUAGAUUUUAUGACUUGGAUCUUACGCUUACGUUGAGAGAAAAUUUGGAGAAUAAAACUAUAGUGGAGUUUCCGACACUGCACGUCGUCAUGAAGGAUCACUCGGAUAUGUAUGAGAUUAUAGACAGUGAUGAAGAAACGAGUGACGCAGAGUGUACGAGUUACGGAGCAAAGAAAAGACACAGCAACAAUAAUGGGCCUGAUAGUGAUAAGAAAAAUGAAUCAGUAAACUAUUUCUUCAACAAUUUAUCGGAUUCCGAAGACGAGAGGACAGACGGUAAAGUAAAAAAGCGGAAACAAUCGCUUAAUAUACCAAAUUACGAAGAUUUAGUACGAAUGUGAAAAUUUACGUGCAUUAUUUAUAAACAUUUUUCUUUUUACUUAUAUGUAUAGAUAUUUUUAUUGUAAAUACAUCACCGUUAUAGUUUUAAUACAGAUGAAAUACAUACAAAUGUAGUAACAUUAA